AUGUUGAGAAAUUGCUGUUUUCGGAAGGAAGAAGAUGGUGGCAUGAGAGCAUAUAAUGAGCCAAUGCAGUUACAAAUCUCGUCGACAUCAAGGGCAGCUAGGCGUGCUCAGGUGAAAGUAUUCGUUGAGCACACUUUGAGAAACGGGGUUUCUGGACUUAUCAGCGAGUUCAGAAUGAUGAAACGCGGUAAUGAUUUCAGUCUGAUGAAAGAAUUUGUAGCGCAAAUUCCCCAAGGCAGAAAUAGAUACAAGGAUGUUGGUUGUCUCGAUUUCCAACGAGUCGUGCUUCAUCUUGGACCAGUUUCGUACAUUCAUGCCAACUACAUCUCGACACCGGUUGCUCCGAAGCGAUUCAUUUGUACUCAGGCCCCACUACCAAACACAUGCGCUGAUUUCUGGUAUAUGGUUGUCCAAGAGAAGUCUAUAGCCAUAAUCAUGCUAUGCAACUUUGUGGAACAGGGUUCAAAAAAAUGCGCAGAAUACGUACCGCUAACGUUCGAUAUUAAAACCUUAAAAUUUAGUGGAGUAACUGUGACCUUGAAAAAGCAAGAAGAGUUUCAAUUUCCAAUGGAAACGAAUGUGCGCAUACGAGUGAGUUUCUUGGAGGUGAAAGUCCCUGGAGAGUCACCGCACUACUGUAUUCAUUAUCACUGGCAAAAUUGGCCUGAUCGAGGAGUUCCGGAAGCCGAUUUAGCUCCCGUAUGCCUUUUGGCAAAAGUUCAAUGUACAACUGCACCAAUUAUUGUUCACUGCUCCGCUGGCAUAGGAAGAACUGGGUCAAUU